AUGUGUGCGCUCGACGGAGCGCGCCGCCAGCCCGCGCGGCGAGCGAGCUUCCACGAGGGGGUCGAAGUAACCUCUGCCGGGAGGCGUCUGCCCGCCUGCUGGCCGCUGUCUGCUGGCUGCGGGCGGCGGCAUGCAGCUGGGUGCCAUGCACGCUUCGUUGAUGGGAUGUUCGUUGACCGUUGCAUUACGCUGCAGCCUGCCGCCGUCCGUUACAAGCUAUGUUCCUUCCGCCGCGGCGGGGCCACUUACCAGUACAGACGGUAUGGGAUCUUGGACGCCACCGCGCCGCGAGGGCUUGGCUGCGCAGCAGGAGAUCAGCUGUACAGUCCAGCGUUGGUAGAUGUUUCGGCGCCUCCGCCGCCCUCGUGCACAGGCGGCCGUCAGGCCAGCGGGGGCAGGAUGGAGCUGCUUCCGGGCGAGGGCUUCGCGAUCGUGGUCAUCGCCUCCCUCACCGCGGUCGCUGGCGCCGUCGUGCCAGCACCGGGAUGA